UUUUUUAUUUUCAAACAAAAAAGAUUAAGAAAAUAUAUAUACUUAAUGCAAUAACAAAUUCGUAGACAACCAGUAAUUUAUAAAUAGUCUCACCGUAGCCACCUCUGCCCAGACGCUCCACCUCAACUUGUCGCUUCCUCCGCCACCGGUUCUGAUUGUGCAAAUCAAAGCGUAAUCUUUGUUCUCACUUCAUUGAGAAAUCAACUUGAUGGCUGGAAAAGGGCAUAAUCCACCAGGUUUAGAGGGACGUUAUCUCCGGAGACCUGAAUCGAUACGACAUGGUCUAUUUCCUCCCAGCCAUCGACAAUUGGACCGACUUCCUCCUUCAGAUCUCUUGGAGAAUAAGAUUGCUGCACAGGCAGCUGAAAUUGAACAACUAGCAGGGGAUAAUCAUAGAUUGGCUGCUAUACAUAUGGCCUUGAGGCAGGACCUUGUUGAUGCACAACAGGAGGUGAAACGACGCAAGGCCCACAUUAGAAGCAUACAGACUGAAAGUGAUAUCCAGAUGAGAAUGUUACUAGAUAAGAUUGCAAAAAUGGAAGCAGAAAUUAGGCUUGGUGAUAAUGUGAAGAAGGAGCUGAGACAAGCACAUAUGGAGGCACAGAGCUUGGUCAAAGCCGGACAAGACCUGACUACCCAAAUCCAAGAAGCCUCUAAGGAGUUACAGAAGGUUCGUACUGAUGUUAGUAUUAUACCAGAUUUGCAAGCUGAGCUUGAAAAUCUGAGGCAUGAAUAUAAGAGACUGCGAGCAAUGUUUGAGUAUGAGAAAGGUUUAAACAUAGAGAAGGUGGAGCGGCUGCAAGCAAUGGAACAAAAUCUAAUCAGGAUGGCCAGAGAACUGGAGAAGUUGCAUGCUGGGGUUUUGAAUGCUGAAAAAAAAGCCCAUGCACCAAACCUAUAUGGUGGUGGCUAUGUGACUCGUAAUCCUUCAUGCUCAUUCCCUAUACAACGCGGUGCUGCCUCUGUUGAUUCAUAUGGAAGGCAUCUUGUUCAUACAAGAGUUGGACCAGCAGUAAAUGGGACAAUACCAUAUGAUAAUGGUAAUAAUGCAGCAAUCAUUUGUGGGAUUGGCGGUUCAGCUGUGUCUAGUGCUGGUGGUGUCGCUCCCUUGGGAGGUUCUUGUGAUCCAUCACUUGCUGAGAAAUGAACUGGAUAUGUUUCCCAUUAAAGGCUGUUAACAGGUUUUGUACCUAGCAUCAUGGGCUUAUUAAUUGCAGUCCUUGUUUCUCCAUAACUUGCUAGGAGGUGAAUUGGAUGAAGCUUCAUUAGAUGCUGUUUUAAUACUUUUUUGACUUUGUCCAAUGCUCUCAUUUCUAAGAUGCAUUUGGUCGAGGUUAAUAGUUUUGUGUAAAUGAAAGGUUAGUUGCUUUCUUUUCAUUAGUGCUAGUGACAUACACUGAAGAAAUGUUAUCAGUGAAAUGUUUUGGCUCACAUUUGUAUCCCAUAGUAUAUCAACAGGUUAUUAAGAAAUUGGAGUGGAACCCUUUGCUUUGACUAUCA